AUGGCCGACAAUCUGGGGAAGAAAGAGCGGAGAAAAAGCCUGAGCGUCUUUAGCCCAUCCUUCACGACCUCAUCCUUGUCCGACCCCGUAGCGCACCAACGAUCGCCCUCGGAUGAUGCUCAAGCCUCGAAAAAGAAAUCACGCCGCAACUCUGGCUUCUUUGGGGUCCGGAACCCCAGUCCGCCAAGAGCCGGCACCAGCUACACCCUGCGUCGUCCCGGCACCGCCGAUUCGGAGUCGACAGCAUGCAUGAUGCCCCCGCCAGCCCUCGAGGGCCCGCGCUCUCGACGCAAGUCAAUGCAGAAGAGACGGGCCUCGGUUUUCGGAUCGCUGCGGUCCCUUCAUUCAUUGGAAGACGAUGACCGUUCCCUCGGUCGCUCUAAAGGUAGCUCAUUGGACGAAGACAACCCCGAGAUUCGACAAGGCAUCGGUUCCAUUAUCUUGCACCAUGGCGAAAUUCAGAUCACGGGCGGCAUGUGGCGAAAGAAGAGCCAUUACCUGGUCUUAACCGAUACUCACCUGGUCCGAUUCAAGAAUCAAAGUAAAGCGGCCGAUAUGUUCCCUUCGAUCCCAUCAUCGUACUCCCGGUCCCUGGCAAGCAAUCGUCAAUCCGUGGUCUCCAUCAGCUCGAUGCAGGAUCCGCAGCUGGGUGCACCGGGCGACAACUCCGCCGGAAUCGCCCUGAACAGUAUCAUUGCGGUCUACAUGUUGGACGAUGGUCGACCGUCCUCCACCGUGGAGGUCGCCUAUGUCGAUGAGCGAGCACAGAAGGCCACAUUCAUCCAGAUGCAGACUCCGGAUUUCCAGGAACUUAAUUUGUGGAUGGUGGGUAUUCGCUCUGCGGCGGAACUGAUCCGAGGCGCCGAACCCUUACCUUUUGACCGGAAGACAGUGGACUGUGUGGUGCGGAUGCUGGAUUACGAACGAGAUUACGAUCCGGAGACAUUUCGCAUGUUCAGAGUCAUCCAAAUGGCGUCCAGCAAGUCUCCGACGCGGGCUUCGUCGGAGGACCUUACCAAACUUUCACCGACCGGUUGUUACCUUGCCCUCGGUUCUCACAAACUCCAUCUCAUUCCCUUACACAAGAUAUCUAGUCGCAGUUCAGUCGUAUCAUUGAGCGAUUUAGAUGCUGCAACGUCCUUUGGACUCAUGAACCUGACCUGCCUAUCAAUGGAGUGGGGAGAUGAUAGCUUGCAUCUGACGUUCCGGUUGCCGCUUCGCAAACCAUUCUCCGUUUUCCUUGCAUCCGUUCAUUCCCUGGAGGUUGCGUUUUGGAUCAGGCAACAAACAGAAUUCCUGCGACCAUUAUGGCUCAAGCAGCCUUACGACUUCAUUGUUCCCCGGGACCUCGACAACGAGAACAACUUUCCCCCGGUAGACCUUGACGAAGAUUUUGGAUGCUUCGACCGAACCUUGGUCGCUUAUUCCGCCAGUUACGACAUUGACACGUCUAACAUUCGAUACACGAUUGACAUGCAAUGUGACGAUGCCCCUUGUUUCAAACUCUUGCCGCCGUCGUCCCGCCGGAAGUAUACCAGCUUGGAACUCAUUGCCGUUUUGCGAGCCCUGCGCUAUAAUGAGUCUUUUCGUGCGAUCUCAUUUAGUGGAGUGAGCUUGGACGCCCUUCAGGGAUUGCGUGACUUGCACGGAGUAGACAAGGAUGCUCUCCUUAGUCGUGCGGGUGCAGCUGUCAACAUUCCUGGACAAGAUAACCUGUCUGUUCUGUCCCAAGAAGUCCGAGCGUUGACACUGAAGAGCAAAUGGCUCCGGCGUCUUGACUUCUCCUACACCCUGAGCCGCAUCCCCAAGUCUGAUAGUGAAAGUCAUGACCCUGGCUGCGGUAUCCCAGAGGCGAUUUUCCCGGUUUGUCGGCGAGAGCUGACGAGCGUUGAUUGGGUUGUGCUCAAUGGAAUCAAACUGGGGGAUUCCGACCUGGACUACCUCGUCGAUGCGGCUUCACAGCGAGGAAGUCAUAUGCGGGCACUGGAAGUCGGCAACUGUGGUCUUUCCGUUCACGAUCUUGACUUAUUGCUCUCUACCGUUGUUGCGCAAUCGCACACGUUAGAGGCAAUCAAUAUCUCUGGUGUUCAGGGCCGUCUGACUCCGGACAUUCUCCCGCAGUAUCUUGGCUAUUUCAGCCAAGUUAAGACUUUGGACUUGUCUCGGAUUUCCCGCACAUCGGGACCGGAGCCGCUCUUAACGCCCGAGACAUUGAUCAAUUGGCGCCUUGAGGAACUCUCCUUAAGCCGGACAGCCGUCAAUCGACAAACUGUUGAUGCUAUUGCCACAUAUUUGGCCAGCGAUCGUUCCGAAGGCUUGCGGGUGCUUAAAUUCGAUCAGUGCGGGCUAAGUGGUCAGGACGUGGCGAUAUUCUUGCAUUCCAUGGCGGUGCUCGAAGCUCGUAAUCUGCAUCUACAUGUCAAUGAGAAUCGGCUCGACCAGGGGUGUUCGUACCUUUUCGAGGCUAUCGCGCAGAAUAAGACGCCGACACACUUAUCAAUGCGGAUGAUCGACUUCAAAAAAGAGGAGCAGUUCCAGGACUUGGUCGAGGCUCUGCGAGUGAAUCGUUCCCUCAAAUAUUUGGAUAUUUCGAAGGCGUCCCUCCCUUACGAUGCCGGGCCCGAGACCUGCAAGGCACUACAGUUGAUGUUCGAAGAGAACGAGACAUUGGAGGACCUGGACAUCAGCGGGGAGAGUGCUCACCUGGAUGUCGCCCGGUUCGGGAUUGGUCUCAAUCUAGCUCUCACUGGUCUGAAGAAGAAUAAGUCUCUGCAAGUCCUGAGGAUAGAACAUCAGAAACUUGGACUGCAGGGAGCGAACACCUUAGCAUCUGUGCUGGAAGCUAAUGACUGUCUACGCGAGGUCUAUUGUGAGAACAACGAUAUCAAUCUGCAAUCGUUUACAGUGCUGGUGAAUGGUUUGCAACGGAAUCGGUCCUUGCUAAGUCUUUCCUGCAUGGAUCGAGAUCGGGUGCAGUCCCUCGAGCGGGUGCGGCGAGAGGUCGAGAAUGUCAAGCGGGAAGUGGGUCUUGCUCAGAGCUCCGCCACAAGCUCUAUCCGUCGCUCUCUUCACGCCGCUAUAAGUACCAAAAGCUCGAGCAGUAAGCUUUCCAAACAGCAGCCUGCGUCUCUACACCGUUCGGGUGCCUCAUCCUCCAACCUGCUCGUCUCUGCAGAUGCCUCUCUGAUGCAGCAAGAUGUGGAAGUUAUCUUGCAAUCCCUGAAUCGGAAGUGGGAUGCAGAGGUUGCGCGUCUGCGCCGAUAUUUGUUCCGGAACUACAACCUAGCGCAUGGCAUCGACGAUGGUAGCGAUGAACCCGAUGACGACGAUUCCAGUGAAGGACGACCCGCUACUGCAACCACCCUGGGACUGAUGUUGGAUAAUCUCAAACUGGAUGUGACGGUGUCUACCAAUGAGGUUCAAUCACUGCCGCAGCCUGAUGAUGGUGACACCAGUCCAAAGACCCAUCUGGAAAUGUUCAACAGCCUCGAUGCCGAGAGUAGCUUGGUUGCUGAGCUUCGCGAACGCCCACAAACAGCCCCCUUCUCAUUAGCAGAGUACGGAAGCCAGUCAUUCCUACCCUUGGAAUAUACGAGCUCGAACGGCCAUAGUUCUCGUUUGGCAGUGCCAGUCCCAGCCAUACCCCCUGUGGUGAACAAGACCAGCAGUGUUCGCAGUGCGCGCAGUUCCAGCACCGUUUCCACGGGCACUGGCACAAGUGCGCGAAGUACUUACGGAUCGGCCUCUUCCACCUUGAGAGGUUUCUUGAGUGGUGGUGCGUCUAAAGAACGCAAAAGGAUGGAGAAGAUGAGAUCUGGUGCAGUGUGCGUAUCCAGUGAUAGGCCACCCAAACUGGACUGGGCACCUCCUCAUCUCGAGUUGGACAAUUUCCGAUAG